AUGCUCUCCACCCUCCUCACCACGGCGCUGGCCGCCACUACCGUUGCCGGCAUGGGCACGGGUUUGAGAUUUCGGCGACAGAAUGCCUCGGACGCUGACGAUGCGAAGAAGCUGAUAGUUGGAGGUGGGCCUACCGGCAUCGUUGCCGCCGCAGACUUCGAUGGCGCCUCCUUCGACAUCGUGGCCAAUGACACCACUACCGGCACCUCGGCCAGCUGGAUGCUGUUCAAGGAACCAAACCUCCUGUAUGCUGUUGACGAGAACAGCAACAACACCAGGCUUUUCAACUUCGACCCUGCUACCAACAACCUGAAGCUGGUCCAGAAUGCCGCUGGAUCAUCUGGAGUCGUCUACCUCGAGUUCAAUCAGGACAAGACCGUCUUGGUGGGUGCUGCAUUCGGCCAGGGUCAGGUCGAUGUAUGGGAUGCCUCGGCACCUGAUGGAACCCUAAAGCUCCUCAAGCAAAUUCCUGUCGGCGGUACUCCAGGCCCUGUCAAGGGACGUCAGGACAGCCCUCACCCUCAUCAGGCCCUUCUUGACCCCAGUGGCCGCUUCUUCGUCGUCAACGACCUCGGCACCGACUCUAUUAUAGUCAUUGAUAGCCAGAACGACUUCAACCUCUCCAAUCGUGUCACAGUUGACGCCGGUAACGGCCCUCGCCACGGCGCUUUCAUUCCUGCUGGCGCCGACAAGGCUACUCACUACUUCCUGGCUUGCGAGAUCACUUCGGUCGUCAAGGUCUUUGAGCUGACAUACACCGGGGACAACCUCGAGUUCAAAGAGAUCCAGUCCAUUUCCACCUUUGGCGCCAACUUCCCACCCGCCAACGCUACCACGGCAUCGGCUGGCGAGUUGGUGACUACCUCAUGUGGCAAGCACCUAUAUGUUUCGAACCGCCUCACGGGCAACACUACCGACAGCAUCUCCCACUUCUCCAUCAACGUGGACAACGCAGCCGCGCCCCUCGCCUUUGUGGACCAGGUCAGCUCCGGCGGCCUGAUUCCGCGCAUGUUCUCUUUGGCUGCCGAUGAAGGCGUCCUUUUGUCAACGAACCAGGAUGGCGAGAACGCGUUGCUAGCUUUGGCCAGGGAUGCGAACACGGGCAGUCUGACCGAGGCGCCCGUCGCCAGUCUCACCUUGGACAAGUUUGGAGGUGCCAAUUUUGGGCCUCAAUUUGUGAUGGAGAUGACCGUGGUGGAGAGUCAGGGGCACCGCCUGCAACGAUGGUUUCCCAUGCGACUAGCAGAGCAGCCUCCUAGACUCCCUGAUCAUGGGCGUCCCCUGUGGAGUCUAGUCUACCGUGGCCGCCCUCACAACAUCAAGCGCCGUGCCCGCACCUGGACAACCAGCGGCAUUGAUCCAGUCCUCGCCUCCGUUCCCAGCAGCAACGGACACAAAGUCUCCCGGUCGCUUCAGGUCUCCUGCGGGCAUCACCUCCGGCACAGACUAACACACGCAAAGAUGUCGCCCUACGCCCCCAAAGUAGGCGAUGCCAUCUCCGCCCUCGACACCCCCUCCAUGAUUGUGGACCUCGACCUGAUGGAGGUCAACAUCUCAAAGCUCAUGGCCCAGCUCCUCCCCACCGGCGUCGACAUCCGCCCACACCUCAAGACCACCAAGUCCGUCUCCCUUGCCCGUCGCCUCAACGCCGCCGGCGCCAAGGGCGGCUGUGUCGCCAAGCUCUCCGAGGCCGAGGUCAUGUGCGCCCUGGGCUUCGACGACCUGCUCAUCACCUGCGAGAUUGUCGGCCCGGUCAAGGUGCGGAGGCUGGUCGACCUGUUCUCCCGCCACCGCAAGCUGAGGAUCGUCGUGGACGACGCUGGCGCCGCGAGUGCCAUCGACGAUGCGCUGCAGGAGGCGGGCUUCACCGAGACCGACGCCAUCAUGACGCUGAUUGACCUCGACGUCGGGCUGCACCGCACAGGUGUCAAGCCCGAGGGCGCCUCGGACCUGGCGAGGCAUGUCGCCGGCUUGAACCACCUGCGGCUCAUCGGCGUCCAGGGGUACGAGGGCCAUCUGCAGCACGUGCACGGGCUCGAGGAGAGGAAGCGGCUGUGUCUUGAGAGUAUGGCCAUUCUCACCGGCACGGCCGAGAAGUUGCGGGCCCAAGGGCACAAUAUCGAGGUGGUAACCACCGGUGGGACUGGCACCGCCGAAUUCUGCGUCACCAUUCCCGGCGUCACCGAGGUGCAGCCUGGGAGCUUCUUGUUCAUGGAUACCGACUACCGCAAUGCGGUCGGGUCCUUCUACGGCAACAGCCUGACCAUUCUGUCAACUGUACUCAGCAAGCAGGGGCCGAGCACAGUGACCAUCGACUCCGGGCUGAAGUCUUUAACAACGGACAGCGGUCUUGCCGAGGCCAAGGACAAGCGGUACACAUAUGGCGUCUUGGGGGAUGAGCAUGGAAGUUUGAGCUGGGAGCCUGGCACCCCCGAGCUGAACGUCGGUGAUCGGGUAGAGAUGAUUCCUAGCCAUAUAGACCCGACUGUCAACCUACAUGACCGCUACUAUGCCUACAGGAAAGGUGUCAUAGAAGAGGUAUGGGAAGUUGAUAGUAGAGGCAAAGUACAAUAA